AUGUGGUGUAUCUGAAACUGAAUACUGAAAAUAUGCACACAUAAAGCCUACAGUGUUCUAUCUUUGACACACAAAUAGGCUUCUAUCAUUUCUAACAAGGCAAAUACUGGCAACUUCUGAAUAGCUUUUUCUAGUUUUUCAUAUCAGUUAUUCAUAUGACUAUUUUGUAAGUUUAUUUGACUUGAGUCAUUUCUGCCGUGCUCCACCCUCUCAAGCAUAGGCUAUCGUGCGAGACAGCAUGACUGCAUAAGCACAGGCGGGAGGCUCGUGUGUCUGUCCCGAGCACAGGGGCGUGGGGUGGCGUCGCGUCAUAUCGCCCGCCUCGUUCUUAUUGGCUGACGCAGCUCACCCGACACAGCUGUGAUUGUUUUCUGCAGAGGAAGCUUGUGUCUGGAAUGAGGUCUGCGGCCAGGAAUGAAAUAGCAGCUUUUUUCUGCUUACCACUCAAACGAUGAUGUGACCAAACAACGUGAGAUUUAUAGGGCAAAGAAGAGCUCACACCAUAAGCAUUUCCGAAGGUGCGAAUAAGGAGGGUCGACCAUCGCUGAAACAGACAGUGAAGACGUCUGAAGACCAAGUUCAAAAGUGCCAAAUGCCAAGACUUGAAGACCACUGUUGGAGCUGCUCCUGUGCAUCAAGGCUAGAAUCUACCAAGAAUUUAUCAGGAGCAAACUGGGUCGCGUCAAAGGCCGAAGAAAUGAUGUCCAUAAUAACGUCAGUACUCAGCAAUGCCUACGGGUCUCUACAUAACGUCAGAACAACAAACUUGAUUCGGCGGGGUCUCGUCCUUUUCACCGUUGGAGUAUUUCUUGCAUUGGUGUUGAACUUGCUGCAAGUACAAAGAAAUGUCACGUUGUUUCCUGAAGAGGUGAUGACAACUUUGUUCUCAUCUGCCUGGUGGAUCCCACCUUGCUGUGGCACAGCGGCUGCUGUUGUUGGCCUGUUGUAUCCCUGCAUAGACAGCCAUCUUGGAGAGCCUCACAAGUUCAAGAGGGAGUGGGCCAGCGUCAUGAGAUGCAUCGCAGUGUUUGUCGGCAUCAACCACGCCAGUGCUAAACUCGACUUUGCCAAUAAUGUGCAGCUGUCUCUCACCCUUGCGGCCCUGUCCCUGGGCCUGUGGUGGACGUUUGACCGUUCCAGGAGCGGCUUUGGUCUGGGCAUCACCACCGCCUUCCUGGCCACUGUCAUCACCCAGCUGCUGGUCUACAAUGGUGUUUAUCAGUACACAUCCCCAGAUUUCCUGUAUGUACGGUCCUGGCUCCCAUGCAUAUUCUUCUCUGGGGGAGUGACUGUUGGUAACAUUGGACGGCAGCUAGCAAUGGGUGGUGGUGAGAAGCCUCACAUGGACUGAGGAGGUGGAGCUAAACAGUGGAACGCCAAGAACAUGCAGAUGGUAAGGAGGAAGAGAGAUUUCUGAGGAGAAGACAACAAACAGCAGCCCACGUCACACUGUUGACUACUUCACAACAAACAAACACUGUCCAGAAAACCUCCAAGUGACUCUGAUGUGCCAUUAUUUCUGGACCCCCUUUGUGGCCAAAAGAUGUUCUCCCGCCACUCCUCGACAAAGCAUUAGCUACUACGCCCUUACAUCAUGAUAGCAGCCAGGUUUUGUCUUGCCCUCCCCAGUCAUUUGAACUUUUGAAGUGAGACGUUGAAUGGUUUCAGUUUUAUAGUGUGAGAGUGAGCCAUGUAGCUUUUCUUUUUUUGCAUGGUGAGAGAGAGAGAGGGAGAGGGAGAGUGGACGCGCGUCGGUCUUAACUGAUAAGAGAAAUAGUGGUGCUACAAUGUUGGCUUUUUUGUUGUUUUUGCCUGGAUUUUAAAACAAUCAUAAAAAGGGAAAUGUUAGAGUGGUGAGCAAAAAUAUCAAGGAAGUAUUUGUAUAUAUGGUGUAUGGAGACUGUAGUGCUGAAUUGGAGUUUUGUAUGUUCCCAUUUGUAACGAACCAAAAUAAGUAUUUAUUUAUUGAGAUGAGAAAUAGAUUGAGCCAACACCUGUGACCCAAAACCAAAUGCACAUGCCAUCACUGAUGACAGAACCAUGUUUUGAAUGUAUCAGAAUAUUACGCCCUGAAGAUAUUGGUCCUACUGUCGUGUUACAGCGAAAUCUGGUCCUAAUAGAUCCUAGUCCCACAGCAAUGAAAUCUAUCAUUUAAAAAAAUGCAUCCAAUUGAUCAGGUGUAAAAGUGUACUUAAUUACUGACUUGAAUUAAUAUCCCCCCCCCUCCACACACAUGCACACCCCUUAAGUGAUUGUUAGAAGUCUCAAGCAAAGUCAUACUUUUGCAUUGAGAUGUUUAAAAGUAUAAUGAUUGGGAACAUGCACCCUUCGAAAGAGACGAGAUGGGAUAUUUUUACUUCAGCCUCAAAGAUUUGCAAUCUGUGAUUGCCUUUGUAUUAUAGAAAUGAGUGCGUUUGUCACUAUACCAUUUUAGUUUUACUAUCUGUACAUAUUUAAUUAUAUAUUGCUCGCAAGUAUAAUUGCUUUCUCUAUAUAAUCAGACAGGUGUUACCGUAGCUAUCCAGUUUGGGGUUCUGUAGAGGAAUAAAGUGCAAUCCGAUCUAUACAA